AUGCAUUUCUGGCAUCUUUUGCCCCUGGUGGCGCUUCCUUAUGCUUGCCAUGUCCUGCUCCCGGGCCGCGCAGAAUUGCCCGACAAUGGCCGGCAGGAAUGCGAUCUUCCGGCUUUGAUCGAUGCUACAGUGGAUGACCUCCGAGAGGGACUUGAGAAUGGUUGUUUUACGAGUGUGGAAUUGGUUAAGGCGUACACUCUUCGAAUUCAUGAGGCCAAUCCCAGGACGAAUGCCGUAUUGGAGUUAAAUGAUGAUGCAGUGAAUAUCGCAAGGGGGCUUGAUGAAGAGCGCCGCAGAUGCCAUGUUCGAGGGCCUCUCCAUGGGUUGCCAGUUUUGAUCAAAGAUCUCAUUGGCACGAGCGAUCAACUUAACAAUACAGCCGGUUCUUAUGCCCUCCUCGGUACCAAGCUCCCUGCUGAAGCCACUGUGGUGACUAGACUCAGAGAGCAGGGGCUCAUCAUCUUGGGCAAGAGUAGCGUGUCGGAAUGGGCGAACUUCCGGUCCUUCAAUUCGUCGAAUGGAUGGAAUGCGAGGCUAGGCCAGACGUAUGGGGCCUACUAUCCUGAGCAGGAUCCAAGCGGGAGUUCAAGCGGGAGCGCUGUCGCGACUGACCUGGGCUUGGCCACUUUUGCUCUGGGUACCGAGACUAGUGGCAGUAUUCUGCUUCCAAGUGAAAAUAGCAAUAUCGUCGGGAUCAAACCAACUGUCGGUCUUACAUCUCGUCAUAUGGUCAUCCCUAUCAGCGAGCGCCAGGACACAAUCGGGCCCCUGGCUAAAACGGUCAAAGAUGCUGCGAUGUUGCUGCAAGCUUUUGCGGGUGCAGAUCCCAAAGAUAACUAUACGCUGGCCUCACCGUUCGGUAACUUCCUUCCUGACUAUGUGGAUGCCUGCAAGCGAUCUGGACUGCGAGGAAAACGCAUUGGCGUACCGCGAAAUGUCAUUGACUAUCUCGAGCAGAACGAUGCGCCAAUCAUUUCACUCUUUGAUCAGGCGAUCUCCGUUAUUGAGUCUGCUGGUGCGGCCGUCAUCGAUGACACGAACUUCACAUCGUACAACGACUUCUCUUCUAGCUCGAUCCCAGCGUUGGUGGUGGCCGCCGAUUUCACAUCCAACACUGCCACCUACUUGUCAAGUCUGACGAGCAAUCCCAACCAGCUUCAUAGCGUCGGAGACAUUCGCCGGUUCGUCCAGCAGACGCCAGCAGAAGAAUAUCCCUCUCGCGACACGGGCAUUUGGGAUUCAGUGAUUGCGGCUGGCAUGACCAACACUUCUCCGGGGUUCUGGUCGCUGUAUCAGGAGAGCCUCAAGUUCGCGGAAGAAGGGGGUUUACUGGGAGCACUGAAACGGCAUGAACUUGAUGCAGUGAUUCUGCCCACCCACCUGGCCCCCGAUAUCCCCGCCAUUCUUGGAACACCAGUCAUCACAGUGCCAAUGGGAGCGUACUCUGAUGGAACACCGGUCAGACACAAUGCGCGUGGGAAUCUGGUCGAUCAAGCGCCUGGUAUUCCUCUUGGUAUCAGUUUUCUAGGACCCAAGUGGAGCGAAGAGGCGUUGAUAGGGAUGGCUUAUGCAUUUGAGCAACGGACGCUCGUUCGCGAUCGACUCGAACGACACUAUGAGCCGAUUCUUUGA